GCCGCUCCCUCCGGACGGGCGUGUAUAAGUAGUAGGCAGUGCGCGGCACACAAUGGAUGGCACAACCCAGCUUAGCAUUGAACCUCGCGUCACUCCACCACAGCUACCUCGCUCAACUCAGACCUGCCUGACGGACGGACAGACACAAUGGCUGCCUAUCUCGCCCAGCGCAUCUGCCAUCCUCACCAUGGCAUCACCGUGUCCAGAACCGGGACCCCCCGCCCCGAGAAGGACGCCAAGUGCAUGCAGCCCAUUGAGAACGUCCCAGCCAAAGGCGUCUCGUUCUUCACGCCCGAGCAGAAACCUCAGGCUGGUCGUGCUGUCGACCCGCAGCCCAAUGGCAAGAAGAUCCCCAAGCUCUUCACCCCCUUGAAGAUUCGUGGGAUCGAAAUGCAGAAUCGCAUCUGGGUCAGCCCCAUGUGCCAGUACAGCGCCCACGAGGGUUUCCACACCCCGUGGCACAUUACACAUUACGGAGGCAUGAUUCAGCGUGGGCCUGGACUCAUGAUGGUCGAGGCGACGGCUGUGCAGGCGAAUGGACGUAUCACCCCGGAGGACUCUGGCAUCUGGCUCGACGCCCAUGUCGACACUCUCAAGAAACACGUCGACUUUGCGCACAGCCAGAACGCCCUGAUUGGCAUCCAGCUGGCUCAUGCCGGACGCAAGGCGUCCACGGUGGCACCUUGGCUGAGCGCAGGUGCCACGGCUACCAAGGAGGUGCACGGAUGGCCGGAUGAUGUCGUCGGUCCAAGUGACGUUGCAUUCGCGGAGCACUACCCCACGCCCCGGGCCAUGACUCUCGACGAGAUUGAGGAGUUCAAGAAAGACUUCCUCGUGGCCGUCAGCCGCGCCUUGCGCGCGGGCUUUGACGUGAUCGAGCUGCACUUUGCGCACGGCUACCUUGUGUCGACCUUCUUCUCCCCGGCCGUCAACAAGCGUACCGACAAGUAUGGCGGCAGCUUCGAGAACCGCAUCCGUCUGGGCGUCGAACUUGUCGAGGCCACACGUGCUAUGAUUCCGGACUUGAUGCCCCUGUUUGUGCGCAUCAGCGCCACUGACUGGCUCGAUACGAACCCCAACUGGAAGGGCGAGAGUUGGAGGGCCAAGGACAGUGCUGAGCUGGCCAAGAUUCUGGCCACAAAGGGCGUGGAUGUCUUGGACGUCUCCAGCGGCGGUAACCACUCUGACCAGAAGGUCAUUGGCGGUCCAGGAUAUCAGGCGCCGUUCGCCAAGCAGAUCAAGAAGGCGGUUGGCGACAAGAUGCUGGUCAGCUCGGUGGGGAGCAUCAAGACGGGCCAGCUGGCAGAAGAGAUCAUCUCGGAUUCCGAGGUGCCUCUCGACUUGAUCGCGGCCGGGCGCAUGUUCCAGAAGAAUCCGGGGUUGGUAUGGCAGUGGGCCGAUGACCUGGACACUUCCAUUCAUCUCGCCCACCAGAUUAGCUGGGGGUUUGGCGGACGUGCGUCCAAGAAGGCUAGCACAUAGAUUCUCGCUAGAUUUGAGCCGCCGAAAUGAGCAGAAGAAAAGAAACUUGUUAUACACUGUGUACUGCAGUCUC